UGCUGCUGCGGAAGAAGAAGCAGCAGCAGAAGAAGAAGUCGCAGGUCGGUGUGGGCAGCUGACAGGAUGAAACUUUGAUCGGAGAUAAAAGAAUAAGAAGCGGCGGCCGCUGACGUCACCAUGGCUCUGCAGGCUCAGGUUCUGUACGACUUCACCGCUGAGCCCGGAAACAACGAGCUGUCGGUCCGACAGGGAGAGGCGGUCACUGUGCUCGACCAGACUGUGGGUGGAGGCUGGAUCCAAGCCCAGAACUCCAGCGGACAAACCGGACUGGUACCUGAGGGCUAUUUACAGCUCUAUAACUGUGGCGGCGGAGAGGGAGGCGGGGGCUCCUGGUCCGGGGCAGAGGCAGAAGGAUGGGACAGUCGGGGUUACCUGCAGACACCACAAGCCGCUGUCGAGGACGAUAACGGCGAGUGGGACGACGACUGGGACGACCAAUCAGUAGGCGGUUACCACGGUGACGAUCCAGGGGAUGAGGGCGGGGCUUCAGGACGGAGCACCCACGGGCCCUCUGUGAAGCUCUCCCUUAACAAGUUUCCGUUCUCCAAAGGUCCGAGCCCAGAAGUCUUCUUGUUGGCCAAUCCUCCAGCUAACAGCAGAGACAGACUUCCUGUCUACGUGGGAGAUGUGGGUCCGGUCUGGCUGUACCCGUCGGCUCCUCUGGACUGUGUGAUCGCCCAUCCGAAGAAAGAGUCCAAACUAUACGGUCUGAAGAGCUUCAUUGAGUACCAGAUCACUCCCAAUACGACCAACAGACCUGUCAAUCAUCGCUACAAGCACUUUGAUUGGCUGUAUGAGCGUUUGCUGGAGAAGUUUGGCUCGGCUCUGCCCAUCCCCUCACUGCCCGACAAACAGGUGACAG